AUGGCACUUGGUAAAACAAAGAAGAUGGAGAACUUCAACAAAAUUGUUGAUGCCAGAAGCAACGAAAUCUCAUUUGGUUUCGUAAGGAAGCACGACAUCCACUACUUUGCACAUGCAUUUGGAUCUAACACGGUUCUCAGGGAUGCAUUUGCUGAAUAUGUGAUGGGACACUUUGAGGCAUUUGAGAAGCACAUUGAUGACGCAGGGAUGUUCAGGUAUGUUAUUACUGCUACAUUCUCAAACAUAUUCAGUAAUGAAAUGAUGCCAAAGGUGAUGAAGUUCAUGGAUGAGAUGGAGAAGCACUAUGUUUAUGGAAAGAGGUACGAAAGGGCAAUUAAGAAAGUUAGGGACAAUUUGGUGGCAAUAAAAAUGCUUAGGGAAAAGAUAAUGGGUGGAAGAGGUCCAGCAAUGGCCGCUUAG